ACACGCACGAAGUCACAGAGACAAGAGAAAAAGAGAGAGAGAGAUGAACGAAAUCAAAGGGAAAAGCAAAGGAAAUUAGAGAGAAGAACAAUUGGAAUUGUAAAAACAAAGUAAUCCAAAGUUUGAUUAAAGCAGCUUAACCUUCAUCUCCUGCUAAAGCCACCAGCAAUCACUAUCUCUAUCUCAACUUCAAGGAAUAGCAAGAUCAAAUCCCAAACUUCCAAUCCAAUCCAAUCCACUCGCAAUCUCACUUCUCAUUGUACAAAACAACUCAAUCCACAAAGAAGACAAUGAAGAUGUCGGCGUUGCAGCAGAGCUACCUCAAUCCGCGGAGGACCAACAGUUUUAGAGCCUCAACUCCUCUCGAUUCUUCUUCUGACGCCGUUCUCAAAUCUCCAGCCGCUAUAUUCUGGUUAAUCCUCCAUGCUCUAUGCUGUCUCAUCAGCCUCGUCCUUGGAUACCGAUUCUCUCAUCUUGUCUUUUUUCUCCUCUUCUCAACUUCCUCAAUCAACCAUCUCUACAUCUCCUCUCCUUUCCGAACAGCUUCCGACAUCGCUGGAGCAUUAACCACUACUCGGACAAAUACCGGAUCUCCAGCCAACACAACAGGGAUUCCCAGCAGCAGAGUUGUCGUCGGUAGGCAUGGAAUUUUGAUCCGACCUUGGCCUCAUCCAGAUCCAGUCGAAGUCAUGAAGGCUCAUCGUAUAAUCGAGAGAGUUCAGAGGGAGCAGAGGCUACAAUUCGGUAUUAAAAACCCCAAAACUGUCAUAGCCAUCUCCCCAACGUAUGUAAGGACUUUCCAGGCUCUACAUCUCACUGGUGUAAUGCAUUCCUUGAUGAAUGUACCGUAUGAUGUUAUAUGGAUAGUUGUCGAAGCCGGUGGACCUACCAACGAGACUGCUUCACUGAUUUCCAAGUCGGGACUUAGAAUUAUCCAUGUUGGAUUCAACACGAAGAUGCCAAUUUCAUGGGAGGAUCGACAUAGGGUGGAGGCGGAUAUGCGAGUACAUGCCCUCAGAAUUGUGAAACAAGAUAGGCUAGACGGGAUUGUGAUGUUUGCUGAUGAUAGUAAUAUGCAUAGCUUGGAACUUUUUGAUGAGAUCCAGAAGGUUAAAUGGAUUGGUGCUGUAUCUGUUGGUAUUCUUCUCCAUUCGAGUGAUCCAGAUGAAGUACUAAAUGCAACUUCAAGAGUGAACGAGGAAGAGGAGGGAAAUCGUGACAUGCCUGUACUGGGUCCAGCUUGUAACUCGUCUGAAUCUUUGGUGGGAUGGCACACUCUCAAUUGGCUCCCUUACACAAGAGUUUCUAAUUAUGUUGGUGAAAGGGGAGUUGUACUUCCCAGGAAGCUGGAAUGGGCAGGCUUUGUUCUAAAUUCGAGAUUGGUUUGGAAAGAAGCAGAAGAUAAACCAGAGUGGGUCAAUGAUCUAGAUGACAUAGCAGUGAACGGAAAGGACAUGGAGAGCCCCUUGGCUCUGGUGAAGGAUCAAUCAGUGGUGGAACCCCUUGGGAGCUGCGGGCGCAAGAUUUUGCUAUGGUGGCUUCGGGUUGAAGCUCGCGCAGACAGCAAGUUUCCUGCCAGUUGGAUUAUUGAUCCUCCUUUGGAAGUAACCGUGAUGGCAAGAAACACACCAUGGCCAGAUGCCCCACCCGAACUCCCAUCUACUGAACGCGCAAUUGGCAUGGACGAAAACAAAGAGGAGGAGAAACAAGCUUCAAAAACUCGAUCUCGAAGUAGAUCAAGACGAAGCUCAAGAAGGAAGCGAAAGCACGAAGCAGAAACAACAACAGAUACUACUACAAGGGUGGCAGAGAGGAGGCACCCGGGUGAAAAAUAAAGAAGUUGGAUUUUAUUUUUUUCAAAAUUUUGAGAAGAAAAGUAAGAAAAUUCCACGCAGAAUUAUAAGGUAAAAAUUGGUCUUCUUCUCGUGUUCAUAUGUUGAGAACUAGAAGCGAUGAUAUACGAUGGCAAUCAUCAUCAUUAUCAUCGAGUUAUAGACAUUACAGAAUUGUGAUGAAAAUUUUAGAAACUACAGAGUGCUUUGUUUUGUUUCGUUUGUAACAAAAUGAAAUCUAUUAUUGUU